UGCGGCCCCUGCGCAGGCGCAGCGCGGCCGCGUGCGGUUCACGCGGCGCACGCUCAGCGACCGUUGGAUGCAAACCAUUACAGAGUUGCUCAGCGAAGCCAACCGCAAGGGUUCAUUGGCGGACAGCGCGCUGAGAGUGCAGCUGCCAGUAGGGGCGGGGGGCGAGCCGCUGCCAGUUCUUCUGCUGCCAGUGCCCGUGCCAGGGUACUCCGGAAGCCGAACGCAGCAAGUCCAAACAGAAUCAGAAUCCAGGUUCGGUCAGAAUGAUUACCGUGAAAACCAGGAUUACAGGAUACGAGGUCGAGAAGAGAGGCCGCGUCCUGAACCGAGCCGAGACCCGGCGCCGGACAGCCGGUACCCGUUCCCGGACGUCCAGUUCCAACCCUCGUCCCCCGCGCCCUUCCAGCCCGCGUACGACACUAGUUACUCUAGCUACGAUAACAGUCCUCCCCACAUGUCGUCAGGUGUGAGCACCCAGCACCUGAUAGAGCUGUUCCGAGCCCAGCAGCCGCGCGACCCAUCCUUGCCACCAGUGCUGCUCCCAGACUCCCCGCCGCCCGGCGAGCCGGCCGUGCUGCCGCCGGUCCGGUACCGGCGCGCGACCGGCUCGGGGACGCCGCCGCCGCUUCGGUUUUCUCGCUCCGUCAUGCUGCGCGGCGAGCUCACCGUCAACAGAGCCGACUACAGCGAGCCCUAUGUCGCGUGGUACGACGCCGCGACGGGGUCGUCCCGGGUGGACGUGCACGGCGGCACGGCCAGCAUCUACCGGAGUGUCGGCGCGGACGGCAGCGUGCAGCGAGUGCUGUCCCGCGUGGACCGCACAGACGACAGCGCGCAGGAGGUGCGGCGCUGCAUGGUGAUGCAGGCCGCGGGCUCGGCCGCCGACCGCGCCGCGCCUGCUCUGCCAGACUUGGACAAGUUCUCCUUCGCGGGCUACGUGGAUGAAGCAGACCGACAAGCGGAGCGCUGGACGUACUCGCAGCGCGGCGCGCCGGGCGAGCUGGGCGCGGCGCCGGGCGAGGCGCUGCACUUCAGGCACGAGGUGCUCGCCACCAGGGCGCCCGACGGCAGCGCCGUGCCGCUCAAGUACACGGUGGCCGUGGACAGCUCGACGCUGGGCCCCAGCAGCGACACGUACGAGCACCGCUACUUGGAGACGCGCGACGUGCAGCCGGACCCCAGCUACUUGGCUAUCAACGUUGAUAGUGAAUGCGGGUCGGUGGAGAAGACAGAUCGCAUAGAGCUCGUGGACUCGCUGCGGGAGUUCACCAUGCUGCAGAGAGACCCUCGAUACCUCACUGAUUUUAAAAACUACGUGCAAAAGUUCAGUCGCAAAUACCUAGACAGCGCAGAGGAAGCGCUGCGUAAGAACUUGCUGAUGCAGAACAUCCGCUUCAUCGAGUCCGCCAACCGGCAGGGCGGGCCGGCGCAGCUGGCGGUGAGCUGGCUGUCGGACCGGCUGGAGGCCGAGCUGGACACGCUGCUGGGCAUCAGCCAGGCGGCGGCGGCCGCGCUCGACGCCGAGCGCUUCCCGUACUCGCGCGGGGAGGCGCGCCGCCUGGACGACGCGCUGCCGGCGGCCUUCGACUGGAGGGAGCGGGGCGCCGUGACGCAUGUGCGAUACCAAGGCAACUGCCCCGCGUGCUGGGCGUUCUCCGUGGUGGCGGCGGUGGAGGGCGCGCUGUUCGUGCGCACGCGCCGGCUGGUAGCGCUGAGCGACAAGUGCCUGCUAGACUGCGGCCACCGGCCCGGCCGCCCGUGCAGCCCCACCUGGCUGGACGCGCCCUACGCGCACCUCCACAGCCGCGGCAUCGUCGCGCUCUCAGAUUAUCCGCCCUACAAACCACAAGUGGAACAGUGCAGAGAAGACCAAGCCGAGCCCGUCACCUUCAUCAGUGCAUACGUCAACGUCACCAGCAACAGCAUCCCCGCUCUCAAGGUCGCGAUCCGCCGUCACGGCCCCACCGUGGUGCUGGUGGACGGCAAGUGCAAGAGCUUCCAGUACUACAGCCGCGGCGUGCUGCUGGACUACCGAUGCAUUCGAGAGCUAAAGAAACUGAACCACGCGGUGACGGCAGUGGGAUGGGGCAAGCGACUCGCGACGCACUUCAUCCUGAAGAACUCUUGGGCCGCGUCGUACGGCGAGGGCGGCUACGUGCGCGUGCACGCGGCCUCCAAUACGUGCGGCGUGCUCGCGAGCCCCACCUACCCGCGCGUCGAGCCCGCGGACGUGCACCGGCUGCCUGAGGGCCGCGCCGCGCCGCUGCCCGACGAGCAGGCCGGCGGCGCCAAACUAUAACAUAUGCCACUCCAUAUAUAUAAUAAGUAAUUAAUAAAAAAUACUUCGGAUUAAGUACUCUAGUCAUGUCUACACGAUGCAAGAGAAGGGCAAUAAGAAUAGCAAUCUGA